AUGCCUGCAAAAGCAAAUGUUCUUCUUAUAGGAGGCGGCAGUGUUGGAACAAUGGUUGCUUACAAUCUUGAGACAGGAGGAAAAGCAACAGUCACUGUUGUGCUGAGAUCAAACUACGAUGUUAAACCAACAAAAGUUGUCAACGCAGUCCCACGAGCUGAGACAGGUGUAGCUCCAUUCGACUUCAUUGUGGUAACCACCAAAAACGUCCCUGAUAUUCAUCCAACAUUGGCUCAGAUAAUAUCUCUCGCUGUUACCGACAAUCACACCUCAAUCAUCCUCGUCCAGAAUGGACUCAACAUUGAGAAACCACUCAUUGCCGAGUUUCCAAACAAUACAAUCAUAUCAGGUGUUUCUUUGAUCGGUGCACAGGAAACUCAACCAGGCCACGAGAAGAGCGUUCUGGCAGCUAGGAAAUUUGAGGAGCUGUACAAGGCUUCGAAUAAGGUCCAAUGUUACUACGACCAAGACGUGGGGUUUGUCAGAUGGAGAAAACUCGUCUACAACGCUUGCUAUAACUCAACGUGUGCUAUUACUCGGAUGAAUCCUGGUCAAAUGAGAUUGUGCCAGUUUCCUCUAGACCUUCUAGUCAGGCCACUGAUGCAAGAAAUCCUGGCCAUUGCCAAGGAAGCUGGACAUAAAUUGCCCGACGAUUGUAUUGAGCAGCUGAUCAAAGGCGGUCCGAUCAAUACCAUGUUCAAGCCCAGUAUACAGCAGGACAUUGAAAAGGGAAACUUCAUCGAGUUCGAGAACAUCGUGGGUGAGCCACUUAGAAAAGCUGAAAGACUUGGAGUUGCAGCACCGUUCCUGAAAGUGGCAUAUGUGAUUUUGAAGGUCAUGCAGCAGAAAACGAAGCAGGACAAAGGUCUCCUUGAUUCAUACCUCGUACCAUCCUUUCCACUUACACCCCCGGAAGAUACCCUGAUCUGUGAAUUGGGAUUGACUCUCCAAAGCUAA